GUUGUUGAAGUGUGCGUAAACGUAAAAUUUCACAAAUUAUGGAAUACCCUGUGUGUGAACUGGCAGAUAUGCAUUUUAUUCAUGGAAGAGCAAACGGAAACGGUCUUUUGGCUAAGCGCUUGUAUGUCCAAAAAUAUCCAAAUCGCAGGGCACCUUCUCACCGGAUAUUUGCGAGAAUUCAUCAGCGCCUAAGAGACACAGGUUCAUUUGGACAUAGAAACCAAGACCGUGGCCGUAACUUGAUGGUACGUACACCUGAUGUUGAGGAGCGCAUUUUAGCACAUGUAGAGGAAGAUCCGGGGAUAUCUGUAAGGAGAAUUGCAGCGCGGGAAAACGUGAGUCGCCAUUCUGUGUGGAUGACUCUUAAGACUCAACUCCUGCAUCCGUAUCACAUCCAAAGGGUACAAGCUCUUGCUCCGGCAGACUAUCCCGCUCGAGUCAUCUUCUGUUGUUGGUUAUUAAGAAAACAGGUACAAGAACCCCUUUUUUUGGCAAAUAUUUUAUGCACGGAUGAAGCUGGGUUUACAAGAAAUGGAAUUUUCAAUUACCAUAAUACACAUCACUGGUCCGAUGAGAACCCUCAUGCUGUUGUGGAAAGUCGACACCAAAUUCGAUUCUCAGUUAAUGUUUGGGCGGGAAUUCUUGGCGAUAGACUUAUUGGACCAUUUUUUCUACCCCCGAGGCUAAAUGGUCAAAGUUACCUUAAUUUUCUAAUACAUGAUCUACCAGCACUUUUGGAGGAAGUUCCCAUAGCACAGAGGCAGAUCACGUAUUUUAUGCAUGAUGGUGCACCAGCUCAUUUUCCGCUAGCGGUGAGGAAUCAUUUAAACCAAGUUUUUGAGAGGCGUUGGAUGGGACGUGGUGGUCCACAAGCUUGGCCAGCAAGAUCACCAGAUCUUAAUCCAUUAGAUUUCUACUUCUGGGGCCACUUGAAAACUUUGGUUUACUCAGUGCCGAUUAAUAUGAAGAGCAACUACGUCAACGCAUUAUCGACUGUUCCAAUCAAAUUCGUACAACCCCAGGGAUAUUCCACAGGGUACGCAGAUCAUGGAGAAGAAGAGCAGAUGUCUGCAUUGAAAUGAAUGGUGGUCACUUUGAACAUUUACUAUGAAUGAAUUAAGAAAUGCAUUAUUUUAAUAAGGAAUUUUGGUAAUUGGUUUAUUUCGUUUUUUAAAGCAAUAAGAUGUUUUAAAAAUCAUAAAAUUUAGAUUUUUCAAUUAAUUAUUUAAUAACUACGUGUUUACUUUUGAAACCCCAUAACUUUCAUAGGUUUAUGUUGUUUAACCAGUUAGCAACCCAUCAGAGCAAACUUUUUGCCUUCAAUUUUCUCGAAAACCAUCGUUCUGGGCGAUGUGCAACAAGAGUACCUUUUUUGUAGGAAAAAGUAUGUAGUUUUUAAAAAAUGAACCCACGUUGCGAAGAAAAUAACCUAAAAAAAGUUAUUCACGAAUUAACCCCCUACCCUUGCAAAAACUACCCUUUCCGAUUUUCCAAAUUAUUUUUCAGUAUCACCAUUUGAUUUUGGGUCAAAAUUUAUGGCAGAGGAUUUUUUUUCGAAAUUUUAUCUCGUUUUUUAAGCCUACAAUUUCAAAAAACCGUUUUUUAAAUUUACCCUUUCAGUGCCCCUAACUCCCUUAAUAUGCAUUUUCCGCCCUAUAGUUAUAGGAACUUUUUUUAAAAUUUUUAGGAGUACUAUCACCCCCCGAAUUUUUUUACACCAUUUCAAUGACACCCUGUAUGUAAAACAUUAUGUUUUAUAGUAUUUUUUAUUUUUCUUUCGAAAAUGUCAAUUUUUAGAAAGAAAAUAAUAUCACAAGAAAAUAAUAUAAAAAAUUUGACCGCGGACUAAAAUCCAAGCAUCUUACAAAAUAUU